UUCUUAGUCAAAACCAGGGUUUUCACCACUCUCUCCCUCUCUCUCUCUCUCUAACCCAACCCUCGUUCCCCUAUUUUCUUCGUCACUUCACGGGGGGUGAGUCUCGACCUUGCCCUAAUUUCCCCCGAUCUCGAUCCCCAAAAUCCCAGUCAAACAAAUCAAUUGCCCGCCUCUCAUUUCACCGAUCCAGCAUUUCUAGGGUUUCCGCUGCUCUGAUCUCUGAUUUCUUUUUUGGGGGGAGGAGAUGAAUCAGAGAUUGAAGCAGCAGCAGCAGCAAGAGCAGCAAGCCCUAAUGCAGCAAGCGAUGCUACAGCAGCAGCAGUUGUAUCAUUCCAGCGUCAUCGCCGCCGCCGCGAUGUCUCAGAUGGAGCCUGUUCCAAGUGGCAACCUUCCCCCUGGAUUUGACCCAUCUACAUGCCGCAGUGUGUAUGUGGGCAAUAUACAUCCAAAUGUUACUGACAGUCUUCUAGCUCAAGUUUUCCAAAGUAUUGGUCCACUUGAAGGAUGCAAGCUUAUACGGAAAGAGAAGUCUUCCUUUGGAUUUGUUGAUUACCAUGAUCGUAGGUCAGCAGCUCUUGCAAUAUCAUCAUUGCAUGGGCGCCAGCUGUAUGGUCAAGCAAUCAAGGUGAACUGGGCAUAUGCAAGUGGUCAAAGAGAAGAUACCUCUGGACACUUCCAUAUUUUUGUGGGUGAUCUAAGUCCUGAGGUUACUGAUGCAACUCUAUUUGCUUGUUUCUCAGUAUAUCCCAGUUGUUCGGAUGCACGGGUCAUGUGGGAUAACAAAACCGGACGUUCUAGGGGUUUUGGCUUUGUUUCCUUCCGCAGUCAGCAGGAUGCUCAGAGUGCUAUUAACGACAUGCCAGGUAAAUGGCUGGGAAACAAGCAAAUCAGAUGCAAUUGGGCAACUAAGAAUUCGGAAGAGAAGUUGAGUAGUGAUAAUCAGAAUGCAGUAGUGUUGACAAAUGGAAGUUCUGCUAGCAUUGCAGAGGGAAGUCAGGAUAAUUCAAGUGAUGAGGCUCCUGAAAAUAAUCCUGCCUACACAACUGUAUACGUCGGGAACCUGGCUCAUGAGGUCACACAAGUUGAACUCCAUCGGCAAUUCCACAAUCUGGGGGCUGGCGCGAUCGAGGAAGUACGCAUUCAGAGAGAUAAAGGUUUUGGAUUCGUGAGGUACAAUACCCACAAAGAAGCUGCACUAGCUAUUCACAUGGCCAACGGAAAGAUUGUAUGUGGGAAAUCAAUGAAGUGCUCAUGGGGUACGAAGCCAACGCCUCCUGGAACAGCUUCGAAUCCUUUGCCACCCCCAGUGCCACCGUUCCAAGUGCUACCAACUCCCGGAGUUCCUCAGGGCUAUACAGCUGCAGAGCUUUUGGCAUACCAGAGGCAGCUCCUAUUCAAUCAGGCUGCUGCUAUGGCCGGUCAGCAAGUGUCAGGUGGGGUCAUUUCGGGUGGGUCCCAAACUAUGUAUGAUGGAUACCCUAGUCAUUCCUCAGCUCAACAGCUGAUGUACUUCAGUUAAUGUCCAGGCUAGGCGGAUGAUGCGAGUCCGAGAGUGGAUUCUUCUACACAGUAACUGAUGUUCUUCAGUUGGAAGUCCAGGGGAAGUGAGGAGAUCUAUUCUAUUUACUUGCGUUUCUUUAUUCUCGGAUUUCUUCGAGUGUUUUGAUUCUGGUCACCUUGUUUUUUUAACAUUUACUUGUGUUUUUGUGUUAUUGGAGCCGGUAUGGUUCCUGUACAUGAUUUUUAUCUAUGCUUCAAGUAUCCUGGGUGUUGUCUUUAGCUCUUUGAUCAGGACUGCAGCAGCUGAUGUAUCAACUUCUGUUUUUAGAUUAGUGGAGUGAUGAGAGUAGAGGUGUGGGAGGAGACAACAGUGUUUGGGUUUUUGCCAGUUUCUUCUGGUUUUGUAUCUUGAAUUUAUGCCCCUCAAGUUAAUUCUAGUUUCUUAUUUCCGGCUUUA